AUGCCUAUCAUUAUCGGUUCACUUUUCUUGCCUCACACGGUCAAAUUUGAAGUUACAGGCCAGAGUCCGAGCAACAAUGAGCCGCAAAAGCCAAAAGCUCUAGAGGCAGCCCCUCAACACACUAUCGCAAACUCCAUCCUUCCAUCCUUGAGCCAGCCUGCUUUGACCCAGAGUCCAGCCAACACGCCACCUCCAUUUCUCAAGAAUGGGAAACUGAGUGCUGCUGUGCAGCAAUUCUUCCAAAAACGGGAUUCGGAAAACCUGGAUCGAAAACCCGAUAGACCAGCGGCUCAGUUGAUUCAACCUAAGUCACGGUAUGAUUCAAAAAUGAUCCCGAGCCUGGUCGUUGAAGCAAAGAAGAAGGCAGACGACGUAGGGCUUUCAGGUCUCAAGUACAAUUCAUCGGGUUCUAGCUUACCCAGGUCCUCUUCUAUUCUUCCGACAGCGAGAUCCAAUUCCUCUCCGCAACCUGAUUUUGCACCCGCUGGUCUACCAAGAGCCAGGAGCUCAUUUGGCAAGUUUGGUGGCUACUCAAUAAACCAAUCUUCGACUAGCUCUUUGGCUGUUACUGAAGAGGAGGAUAACGCUCCAUCUGUGUUCACCCCAGCGUUCAGGGAGCCUGUCAUUGAUGAUGAGGAAGACGAUGACGAGUAUGGUGAUAAACACCUAGCACCAUACGGUGGAUUCUCCAGGCCCGACUUGGAAGAAAAUUUCUUAGCACAGCAAAAUGUUUUUGAAAAUGCUCCUUGGCAGAUUGUCCCUACCGAAGGUGGCAAUGGCUCAUUAUACAAGGCAGUUGAAACAGCCCAAAAGAAGGGGGUGAUUCAGCCAUGCAAAUGGGUUGGUACAUUGUCGUCGCCCUCGGAUGCCAUCCCUCAACACACCUACCGUGACAUAUGUUCAAAGUUGAAGGAUGAGUUUGAUUGCGAAACCGUUCAUGUGAACGAUAUUGUCUUUCAAGGACACUACAAAUCAUUUUGUAAGCAGAUCUUAUGGCCUACCCUACACUACCAAAUUCCAGACGAUCCGAAAUCUAAGGUGUUUGAGGAACACUCCUUCAAGCAUUACAAGCGAUUGAAUCAGCUUUUCGCUGACAAGAUCGUAGAGACAUACAAGUCACUCAACCUGGGCCUCGACCCUGCGGAUCCAGAAAAUAUGAUCUGGGUUCAUGACUAUCAUUUGCUCUUAGUUCCGGCCAUGAUUAGAGAGCAGCUUCCAGAUGCAAAGAUAGGCUUCUUUCUCCAUGUUUCCUUUCCUUCAUCAGAGGUUUUCAGAUGCUUGGCCCAACGAGAGUCUUUAUUGAAGGGUGUCUUGGGGGCCGAUUGCGUUACCUUCCAAACUGACGAAUACGUUAGACACUUUUUGCAAACAAGUAACAGGCUUUUAUUAGCUGACACAAAUGAAUAUGGUAUUAUCCAUAACGGCGUUUUCACGCGUGUGAACACUCUUCCAGUUGGAAUUGAUGCACCAGCAUUACAGGAGGAGCUCAAGACUCCGGCAGUGAUUAAGUGGGAGAAGCUCAUUAGGGAGCGUUGGAAAGAUCAAUUGCUUAUCGUGUCGAGAGACAAACUUGACAAGUUGAGAGGCAUUAAGCAAAAACUCUUAGCUUAUGAGGAGUUUCUCAAAAGUAAUCCUCAAUUCAUUGAAAAAACAGUUCUUGUUGAAAUUUUCAUGGGUUCUUCCUCGAAUAGUGAUUACAAAGCAGAGGUAAUGCAAAUUGUAUCGAGGAUUAACGCAUUGGCCGACAACAUCUCCAUUGCUCAACCUGUUGUCAUUUUGGAGCAAGAUAUUGAUUUCGAGCAAUAUUUGGCUUUGCAGCAUGAAGCUGCAACAUUUAUUGUAGCCAGCUUCAGAGAAGGACUCAACUUAACAUGCCAUGAGUUUGUGGAGGCAAGUUCCGAAAAGAAGUCACCACUCAUCUUAUCAGAGUUCACGGGCUCUUCACACCUUAUGGACUGCAAAGGUCAGGGUGCAUUGCUCAUCAACCCAUGGGACAUAAGAAACUUCAGCAAAGCAAUCCACCACGCAUUGACAAUGGCGCAAGAAGAGAAGGAAAAGAGAUGGGAGAAUUGCCAUCACAUUGUGUUGCAACAUAAGCCAAUUGAAUGGAUCAAAGAGUGUGUUAAAAGCAUCGAAGAGGCGUGGAAAACGGAUCAUCUCAAAACUCAGACCAAUAAGAAGCCGUUCAAUCAGGAAAUUUUUGACAAGUUUUACGAAUCUUCGAAUGGCCACCGACUUUUCGUCAUCAAUAUUGAUACCUCAUAUUCUCAAGACGAGGUCGGACCCAAAUCAACGAAGGGUUUUGCAACUCUCGGAAGAAUUGCUAACUUGCUAACAGGCUUAACAAGUGACCCCAAUAAUUAUGUCUUUAUCAUAAGUAUUUUGAAGACGGAAGAUCUCGAGUCGAUCUUCAAGAAUGUCCCAAAUUUGGGGUUGGUUGCAGAAAGUGGCGGUUUCAUCAGAUUGGUGGGACAAUCUAAGUGGAUCUCUAUCAUCGACAAAAAGGAGGUGGGUAACUGGAUUCCCCAAGUCACUCUGUUGGUCAAGUCUAAAGCAGAGCGCCUUCCCAUGUCUACAGCCAUCGUUGAAGAAUGUACAGUCAGGUGGUUGGCUGAUCUGGCGGUUAAAGAGGAUCCCAAGAGAAGUAUGGAUGCAAUGGGUGAUUGCAUUCAACAUAUUAAUGAAGUUUACGAGAAGAGUGAUGGCAUUCAUGCAACCCUCGUUGAUAACUCAGUUGUUGUUCAGCAAAAGGACAUUUCAAUGAGAGCAAUGAAUUUCAUCGUGGCUUGUUAUACCACCACAAUUCCAGCUUCCCAGUUGGCUGAGCGCUAUCAAGUGCGCAGGGUUGCGUCCUUCCAUGAAAACUACAACACGAUUGUCAGAUCACCUCUCGCUGAGAGAUUCGAUUGGAUCGAAAACGAUUCUGAAAGACCAAACAGAGCACAGGCUUUGUUCUAUUCCGGUGGGUUGACCUCAAUUGACGAGGCGAUUUACGAGUACACCAAUGGCCUCGAGAAGGACGAUAUUUUGCAUUCUUCCAUCUCAGUUGCAAUCACUGGAGGGCAAGCCAACGCUCGUUCUUCAGCGCUUUACAGUGUUUUGGGCAGAAACGAGUUGUUGAGUAUCAUUACAUCUAAAUAG